UGGUAAAUAACCGAAAACAGUAAGUAACACAGUAUCCAACAUAACUAACAACGUUGGAUUAGAUUGACAAACUACCUAUUCAGACGGCUAAUUUUGUGGAACAGCCGAAACCGUGUGGAGGUGUGUGCUUGACUUGAGUAUUGAAAUUGUUGAUUGUUAAUUGGAAGUGAAGAAGAAGGCAAUGCCAGGUCCUGGUCCUCACCUUAUGUAUGCCAUGGGUUCUGGUUUGUGUCUCACAAGCAUCAGCAAUGGGAGGUUUAGUCCCCACCACACACUCUUCUACACCAUCAACGCCUUCUUUGGCCCUGAUGUUGGUUCUUUCACGGAGUGGCUUGGUUCACUCUUUGGUGGCUCUGCUCAUGCUUUUGGAUCUGCCCUUGAAGAUCUCACUCACCAUCCCCUCUUCUACAUCCUUCUUUUGGGACUUCCUCUCUCUUUUCUCUAUUCUCGGAUAUCCUCCUAUCUUCUCCACACGCAGCUUCUUGAUUCUCUCUCCAGAGUGCCCCUUACGAGGAUGCAAUGCUUUUUGUUGAUAUCAGCUGGCUCUUUUACCCACUUCUUUCUUGAUCAUCUGUUUGAGGAGAAUGGGAAAACAACCACGUACACAUGGAUUUUGAGCACUGGCUGGUGGCAGAGUAGAGCACCAGUUAACCCAGAUGCUGUUGUUGUAGUUGUCUUCUUAUGUGCUUGCUUAAUUGGUGGCUUUUUUUACCUCAACAGAGCAAAUGCCUCAAACUCCAUAAAGAAAAAGUCAUAUCAGUCAAUGCUUCUUGUGAUGUCCAUAGCUUGUUUGUACUGCUUUUGGUGUGCAAUUCAGAUAUACUGGAUCAGUCCACGUCGUCCAGCCGUAGGUGAAGAGGCCGAUCUUGGUGUUCUCGUGUUCUUAGCUAUAUACUUUUUCCUACCUUAUGGUUUGUGUAUAAUGUCCAUGUCCCCAAAAGAUCAUGAUCCUAAUCUGAUUCCUCUUUAAUAGUGUUCACCCUAUUAGAGAUGUGUUCUGCUUUUGCCACUCCUAUAUAGUUGUGAGGGUAGCUAGAAUAUUUCGCCAGUAAGUAAAUUGUAUAAUCACUCAGCAAAACUAUGUGAAGCUAUGCAUCCAUUCCUUGUUGGAACUGGAUUCUUUUGAGCUUACAGGUUAUAUUUCACUGACUCAUACGUUGUUAUCGGUAUCUUGUUGCAAAGUGAUCCAAUAUAGAAGUUUGACAUUUGACUCCUGUCAUAAUGUACCUUUCAUUUGUUCAAAUAAAGCUUCUUGUAGGUCUUAAUAA